CCAUUUCGUCUGCCUGAAGCGGGAAUAAAUGCCUUAGCUUCCUGUUAUGUACUGAGCUGAAUCCUAGAACAAUAGGAUUCAGAAUCAGCGGGAGCUACCCAAUCCAACUCCAGGUGGAAGUGAAUCCGCAACCUGAUUGGCCUGCUGGAGCAGCCAAUCAGGCGGCUGGCAGAAGUGAAUCUGCUACCUGAUUGGCCUGUAGGAGCAGCCAAUCAGGCUGCAGGCAGAAGUCAAUCCACAAUAUAAUUGGCCCACAGGUGUAGCCCUGAAGUAGCCAAUCACGCAAGGCCCAUUGUGUAAAUAAUGUAUAUAAGCAGAUGGUUUUGGGAAAAGAGCCAUUCGUCUUCUCUUCUCCUCCUUGAUGACUAUGAGCUGAAUAAAGAGCAUGAAAUUCACUCUCGACUCCGAGUAUAUUUCACUGGCGACGAAGGUGGGAUCCUGCUGAGCUGACCGCCACCACGCACUGCACCGCAGCACCGCCACCUGCUGCACCGCUGCAUCGCACCGUGCAUCCAGGCUUCAGCUCCAGGACCCAAGGAACCCAGAAUGGCAACCGACAGCAGCUUCUCGCCAUUCAAACCAGCAUCAGGAGACUGGGAAGGGUACGCCGCCCGUUUCAACUUCCUCCUGCAAGCGAAAGAAGUCACCAACGAUGCCAUGAAGAGGGCGACAUUCUUCAGCGUCUGUGGAGAGGAGACGUUUGAAAUCGCCCGGGCUCUCCUUGCACCUAGAGAUGUCGCUACCGUCUCUUACAAAACAAUAAUGGAACGGCUGAAGGAGCACUUCUCACCACAGCCCUCGGUGGUAGCUUGCCGAAAUGCCUUCUACGCAAAGUGGCAAGCCCCGGGGGAAACCAUAACUGGGUUUGUGACCUCCCUCCGCCAAGCCGCCCGGUUAUGCAACUUCUCAGAAUUGGAGAACAUGCUUCGUGACCGCCUCGUCGGUGGCCUGAGGGACGAGAUGUUGCAACGACGCCUCUACGCCAAAAAAGACCUCACGUUCCAGAUUGCUCUGGAGGAAGCCCUGGCAACCGAAGCCGCCGAGAGGUCAACGCAAGAGGCACGACCGGCCCCGCCAUCCCAACCGAGGGUCUACCACGAAGACCUCACCGACGAAUCCGAAUCUGACAGGGAGGAAGUACACCGAGUACAGCGGCGCACUCAAGCAGCACACACACCACAGCAGCCUCGACGAGAAGGAGGGAACUGUGCAAGCUGCGGGGAGAACCACGAGAGGAGGACCUGUCGUUUCCGCAACGCAGAGUGCAGGCAGUGCAGAAAAUUGGGACACAUCGCCCGGGUGUGUCGGGCUCGACUCACCCGUCGACAAGCAUCAGAUGACCGACCCAGGAGCCCCAGGUCACACGACACCAUGCACCAAGGCAACUCAACGGAGAUCACGGACUACCAGGUAUUCCAGUUGCCCCAUCCCAGCACAGAGAAAAUUUAUAUAGAGGUACAGAUAGAGGGAGCCCCAUGCCGCAUGGAGCUGGACACGGGUUCAACUCUAUCCAUAAUCUCGGCCCGAACAUUAAGGGAACUGUGCCCUAAUGGGGGUCCCAAACUAAGGCCGGCCCCAUUCACCCUCCGGGACUUCCAGAAACGUAAGGUCCCUACUAUGGGGGUGGGGACCUUCAGGGUGCAAUAUCGAGGGCGAAAGCAACAAUUGGACUUGCUGGUAGUUAAGGGCCCCUACGUUAGCUUACUGGGACUGGCAUGGUUUGGACCUCUGGGGCUAGCCGUUACCGGGGUGAACCGCACUAGCUUACAAGUGGACGUGGACGCCAUAUGCAAAGAGUUUCCAGGGGUUUUCGAUGGGGCAUUGGGACGAUAUACAGGACCCCCCAUUGCCCUACAGCUAGACCCCGCUGUACGACCCAUCAGACACAAGGCCCGCCGGGUCCCGUUCGCCCUGAAACCCCGCAUAGACGAGGAAUUGGACCGGCUCGUGGAGCAAGGAGUGCUGGAGCCAGUGCCCAACGCCCCCUGGGAAACUCCAAUUGUCACACCCGUCAAGCCUAACGGUUCGGUCCGCAUCUGUGCAGACUACAAAUGCACCAUAAACAAGGCUCUCACGGCCCAUGCAUACCCAGUGCCAGUGGUCAGCCAUGUCCUCGCCACCCUGGCUGGGUCAAAAAUCUUUGGCAAACUGGACUUGGCCCAAGCGUAUCAACAGUUGCCUGUGGACGAAGCCACAGCAGAGGCUCAGACGAUUGUGACGCACAGAGGGGCAUUCAGAGUAAAGCGGCUGCAAUUUGGCGUUAGCGUGGCACCAGGCAUAUUCCAGAAUCUAAUGGACUCUCUCCUUAAAGGGAUUCCUGGCGUCACCCCCUUCUUCGAUGAUGUACUGAUCGCCGGGCCCACACCAGAGGAAUUUGAGGACCGCCUCCGCUCCGUCCUGCACCGUUUCCAGACGGCGGGCCUCAAGGUGAAGCGGGAAAAGUGUUUACUGGGAGUGCCGCAGGUGGACUUUCUGGGAUUUAAGGUGGACGCAGAAGGGGUCCAUCCAACGGGUGACAAGGUACGGGCCAUUUGUGAGGCCCCAGCGCCCAAGAGCAAGCCCGAACUUCAGUCAUUCUUGGGACUAUUGAACUUUUACCAUGCCUUCCUUCCCCAUAAGGCAGCGGUAGCGGAGCCCCUACACAGACUCCUAGAUAAAAGGGCCCCUUGGGUGUGGGGCCAGCGACAAAGGGCCGCAUUCCAGGCAGUCAAGGACUUGCUCGUCUCGAACUCGGUCUUAGCACACUUCGACGAGAGGCUGCCAGUGGUGCUGGCAUGCGACGCCUCUCCCUAUGGCAUCGGCGCUGUCCUGGGACACCAACUCCCGGAUGGAAGAGAGGUGCCGGUGGCAUAUUUCUCCCAGACGCUUGCUGCAGCCGAACGAAACUACUCACAGAUUGACAAGGAGGGUCUGGCAAUCGUGAAGGGCGUAAAAAAAUUCCAUGAUUUCUUGUACGGGCGGCCCUUUACCAUAGUGACUGACCACAAGCCGUUGCUUGGCCUGUUUGCCCCUGAGAAGCAGACCCCCCAAGUGUUGUCUCCACGUGUCCUCAGGUGGUCAAUUUUCCUUGCCGGCUACCAGUAUGCACUAAUCCACCGCCCUGGGAAGGCGAUGGGCCACGCAGACGCCCUCAGCAGGCUACCACUACCAGAAACAGGCCCCGACCCAGCGCCUGCACAAGAGGUUAUGACCCUGGAGCUGCUUCCCGACCGACCCAUUCAGGCACAAGAAGUUGCGCACCAUUCCACAAAAGAUAGGGUCAUCUCCCGGGUCCUGGACUGGGUGUGGCGAGGAUGGCCCAGCAGCAGCCCCGGGCCAGAAUUCGCUGGCUACACAAACCGCAAACAUGAACUGUCGGCCCACAAGGGGUGCCUGUUAUGGGGAAGCAGGGUUGUUGUUCCCCAGCCCCUCCGCAAAAGGGUCCUCACAGCCCUACACGAGACACACCCAGGGGUAGUGAGGAUGAAGGCCCUUGCCAGGAGUUAUGUGUGGUGGCCGGGGAUUGACAGAGAGAUAGAGGCCUGGGUCCAACACUGCCAGACCUGCCAAGAAUCCCGCCCGGAUCCCCCAAGGGCCCCAGUCCAGCCCUGGGAGUCCGCCCGACAUCCAUGGUCACGCUUGCACGUGGACUUCGCUGGCCCCUUCCAGGGAAAAACAUUCUUCAUAGUGGUGGAUUCCUACACCAAAUGGCUGGAGGUCGCACUGGUACCAUCCACUUCUACGGCGGCAGCCAUCCGGGUACUACGUAAGCUGUUUGCGACCCACGGGCUCCCUGACACCCUCGUCUCGGACAAUGGAACCGCAUUCACGUCAGAGGAGUUCCAGACCUUCACAGCGCAGAACGCCAUCCGCCACAUCCGCUCAGCACCAUUCCACCCUGCCACCAAUGGCCAAGCGGAGCGCAUGGUGCGGACCACCAAGGACAGCCUCCGCCGCAUGACACAAGGGGACUGGGAAUACCGCCUUGCCGCAUUUCUUCUAGCACAGCACAGCACCCCAAGCACAACGACGGGCCGGAGCCCAGCUGAAUUACUAAUGGGCCGGCGCCUUGCAACUAGACUGGACCGACUUCACCCCGACAGAGCUCAGGAUGAGGUAGUGGUGGGGAAAGGCAGGAACCCCCGGACAUUUGUGGCCCAGGACCCAGUGUAUGCAAAGAAUUUUGGGGCAGGCCCAGCAUGGGUACCCGCCACAGUCACCAAGGUGACCGGUCCCGUGUCGUACGAGGUACUAACGGAAGGGGGGCAAUGUUGGCGCCGCCACUGCGACCAGCUACGGCGACGAUUCCCAGGAGGAACCCGGGAGGAGAGCGGGACAGAGGGGUCCCAAGGGGACAGCAGGGCAGUGAGGCCUGUAGAGCGAGAGGGGUGGGCAGGGGAAGCAGAAGCAGUAGGCACAGAGGGGCGCCCCGAGGCUGGAAGGACACCGGAACCAGAGCUACAACCUAGUGGUUCAGUGGCGCCAGACCAGACAGCCCCGGCACAGCCAGCAGCCUCGGAACACGAGCCAGAACCAGAACCCCUGACCAAGGAACACCCCAGGCCACAACGCACACGGAGGCGGCCAGCAGACCUUGGGGACUACGAAUGCAACUUCCCGGGCAGGACUGGAACUUAGAGGGGAGGGGUGUUAUGUACUGAGCUGAAUCCUAGAACAAUAGGAUUCAGAAUCAGCGGGAGCUACCCAAUCCAACUCCAGGUGGAAGUGAAUCCGCAACCUGAUUGGCCUGCUGGAGCAGCCAAUCAGGCGGCUGGCAGAAGUGAAUCUGCUACCUGAUUGGCCUGUAGGAGCAGCCAAUCAGGCUGCAGGCAGAAGUCAAUCCACAAUAUAAUUGGCCCACAGGUGUAGCCCUGAAGUAGCCAAUCACGCAAGGCCCAUUGUGUAAAUAAUGUAUAUAAGCAGAUGGUUUUGGGAAAAGAGCCAUUCGUCUUCUCUUCUCCUCCUUGAUGACUAUGAGCUGAAUAAAGAGCAUGAAAUUCACUCUCGACUCCGAGUAUAUUUC